UAGCCGCGAGCGUGCGCGUGUCGAGCGCAUUCGAAAUUUGAAAAACGCGCGAAGUGCAUUUUUUUUUAUUUGUCGGCCUGAAUGUGCAACGAAUUUUGAAACUAUACACGAGGACGAGUGGGGAAAUAUUAAAUCGAUUAUGUUUACAACGAUAAGAUAAUAGGAACGUCGUUUGUGGCGCAGUGUUUCGUAAUUACAGAUAUUUUUUGGUCAAGUGAAGUUUAUUCCAGUGUGUUAUCGAACCUGGAGUUGGAUUUUGACUUAUUAAGGUCACCAUGUCUUGACAGGAUGCCUCGCCGGUGACUCAUCAUGGCUCUCCUCACGAACUCCUCAUCAGGGACGCCCCCCCAGUCAGCGACGCCCCUCCACCACUACUUCCAUUACCUGAAGCAGCCGUCUCCGCUCGGCCAGAACCCCUACCACUCCAGCCACCACAUGGGCAUGGGCCCUGGGCCGCUGGGGGGGUUGGGCCCGUUCGGACUGACGCAUCAUGGGUUGGAGGCGGUUGGGUUUCCUCAAGGUGUGAACCCCCGAAAGCAGCGUCGCGAGCGGACUACCUUCACGCGGGCGCAGCUCGACGUGCUGGAGGCGCUGUUCGGGAAGACCAGGUACCCCGACAUCUUCAUGAGGGAGGAGGUGGCUCUGAAGAUCAACCUGCCGGAGUCCAGGGUCCAGGUCUGGUUUAAGAACCGAAGAGCAAAAUGCAGACAGCAGCUGCAGCAGCAGACAAACACGCAGAUAUCGAGCAAAUCUUCCAACUCCAAGACGAUAUCGUCAAGCAAUACGAUCAAGAGUAGCAGUUCCAAGAUAUCCACCUCCAAACCCAUCACAAGCACCAACUCAAGUCUAACCACACACACAUCCAACACCACAUCAUCGCCUGUCCUCCCCACGCCAGCUACGUCAGUCAGUCCACCCAUUAACGUGAUCUGCAAGAAGGAAACGGCGGGAUCCAGCUAUGAAUCCAACGUCAACAAGAACAUAAUAUCACACCACUACAACGAUACACGCAAAGACUCAUCCCCCAGUGCGAUGAACGUCCACAACUAUGGCGUCGCCCCGAAGCAGGAGUUGUACAACAGCCCGAAGAGACUGGACUACUCCAAGGUGGAUUACUCGGAGAAAUUCUCGAGCAACAUCGUGAAAGACCAGUACAGCUCCCGUCUGACUGGUAAUCUGACUCCUUUGGGAUCAAACUCGUCCAUCAUGACCACCCCAUCGCCUCCCAUCACGCCCCAAAACCUGAACGGCCCAGGAAAUGUGUACCAUCCAGACAGCUAUAACUCCUUCCAUUGGCCGGGGACGUCGGACUACAUCAGAAGCUAUUCAAGCUCCCACCACCACCAGGGGUAUGGGCAGGCCGCCUACAACUCCCCGUACUAUCCCAGCCAGAUGGAAUACUUCAACGGAUCUGCGGUGAACCAGUCACAUGGGAGUCACCACAGCCACAACCUCACCCCCAACGGCAACCAGCUCUACAACCAAGUGUCUUUCAGCAACGCGUCACCCCCUGCCGCCUGGCCGGGCCACAACCUGCUCACCUCAGGCCAGGAAUCCCCGGAAAACCAGUCCCAAAACCCCCCACACUUAAGCAUGCUCCAAGCAUCGCAGAUCACGAACUUCUCCAACUCAGGUAACAGCUACUUUGCGCCUGAAAAGUACGGUAUUAAUAUGGUGUAGUGUUUCUAGUCGAUAUUAGGAUUAAGAAAUCAUUUGAAUGGAUACAAUACUGUCUCCGCCUUGACCAUUUUCUAGAAAUGUUUCUAAAGAUACGUGAGAAAAUGAUAUAAAAUUCCAUUGCUUUGUCUCUUUCUAAAAACUGGUUGAUUCAUUGAUAGCAUUGCUCAAAUGUUGAGUCCAUUCUCAUUGCAUUUAUAUAGUUCUUGUAAUUCAAGAUCUUGUUCAUUAUUCCUAAGUUACAGUCAUCUUUGUAGUUGCAAUUUCAACUUAAGUUCUAAUCUUGUUAAUUACAAGAACUAUAUUGCCAUCUUCGGCCUAUAUGUUGGGUUUCAAUGGUUUUGUAAAUAUUGUGUGCGUGUCAAACAAUUUGAUUCAUUUUUAUUUAUCGCAUCAUCUAUAUCAACUUAUAUUUCAAUAAGAGUUACGAUGAAUUAAGUUCCAAUCAAAUUUUCUAGUGCCCAACACAAUGAAAUGCCUAGUUUUACUCAAGAAUUUUUAAUUUAUGUCAAGUUGUUUAAAUACGUGUCGAUUUCUGAAUCAUCUUAAUUCUUAUUGCUAUAUUUGUACAAGACGAUAAUACGUCACAAAAACAUAUCAGUUAUAAUAAAAAACAGUUUAUCAAUGGAUCUACUUUAAGUAUUGGUUAUUCAGGCAGCCAAGAAAAUUAAAAGAAAAGAACAAUAUUUUUUUGUCUCCAAUGUUCAAAAUGUUAAUGAAAACGAUCCAAUAAUAAUAAUCGUAUAUCGUGUCUACUUAAAAGAUUAUUUCAACUCUCAUUAGCAAUUGAUGCCAAUUAUAACGAAACCACUUAAUAAAAUUAACAUCGAAGUAAUAAUCGAGGCCUAAAAUGCCACUUCAGCCUGGAUGCUAGUCUCUGGCCUAACUUAGCUUUACUUUGCGAAAUUUCUUUUACAUUCCUUAAAUCAUAUCACUUAUUUACAUUAAGAGUAGCUGUUUUGUAUAUAAGACGUGUUAAGGUUUAUUUUUUAAAUGAAUUUGUAAAUGUGCGUGCUAUUGUUUAGUGAAACAUUGUGGUUCGUUGAUUGCACUGCCAUCGGAGAGUGACACUGUAAAUAUGUCUGAGAUUUUUCAGUCCGCCAUGACACUUGCGUGUUUUUAAGAAUGUUCUCGAGGAUGGAGCGAUCAACAGUAUUUUAUAAAAAAAUAGAAAUGACUGUAAAAAAGUAUAUCGUAUAAUUUGUACAGUUAGGAUAAAAUAUAAGUUAUUUUAAUUGUAACUAUUAGAGUAGGGAUAGGGCGUACCUUUGACACUUUUAGACGUUGACAAACUUUUUUUUGGUACGGGCGUCACGCGUGGUGGUAGCGAAUUUGAAGGUUUUAGGUUUUGUAGAGUCCUAGGCGAAUGCCAUUCCAAUGACUGAGAAGUUUAUGUAUAUAAGAAAUAAUAUAUUUAAUUUUAGUUGAAAGCAAAAAUCGAUAGAAUUUUGUAAGGCGUUCUCUAUCACUGAGAUCAAGUUUGGCCCUGGAAAAUGUGGCUAUGGGUGGUCUCACGAUAAAUUUUAAUAGAUUUUCGCAAAUCAACAUUACUUGUGCCACCAGUAAACUAAUGAAAUUCUUAAAAAUCAAGUCGCAUAGAAAUUAAUCGGGUGUUACGCAAAGGUCGAUUCUGGGACCUUUGUUUUAUAAUUGAUAUAUGAAUGGAAAUAUCCCUCUUAGAUUGAAUUAAUUAUUUAAGAAAGAUAUUUCUAAUAUUUAAAUAAAAUUGAGCAAUACUACAAAAAGAUAAAUGGAAUUGAUACAAGUUUUUUGUUGACGAUUUUAUUAAUCUAACACAAAAUCCCGAAGGAAUAUUUUAUGGAUAUAAUUUUAUUGUAGAUGGCGUUGUAAGUAAAAUGUAAUUUAUAGUGUUAUUGCUUCGACCUAGCUAAGUUAGGAUACAAAUUGUACCACGUUUGAGUCAAUGUAUUUUUUUUAAGUUAAGUUGUAUUAUUAAUUGAUUAAUAAUAAAUCCGAAUAUAUGCAUUUA